AUGAUCAUUACCAGAGGAUGGAGUGAUGUGUCUGAUGAAUUGGGAUCAGAAGCCAACCCUAUCGUUAUAAACGACAACGACAGCUAUGGCGAACAGAACACACCAGAGCAGCAUAAUUCUGCUAGGAGCACUGAAUCUUUCUGUACACCGGAAUAUCGAGCACGUUUGCGCGACAGAGGCUUCCCUGUUCUAUACGACGAACCCGCAGUAACGGAUUCGAAUUUUGAUUUGGCAUCAUCCCGAUUAAUAUAUGGUCAGAGCCAUGAUUGUAUUUGCACCCCUGACUCAAUCCCCUACAUCCAUCUAGAGGAGGAAAGAUCAGAAGUGGCCAAGUCUGCCGAGGGCGAAGAAAGAGCCUCACAAGACAAAGAUGAAAGCUGUUAUUGCAUGGCAGAGGGCCACAUGUCAUCUUGUGGUGAACUGUACCAGUCGUGGUCCCGUCAAGGCGAUAAAAUGGAACCAUCUAUCCAGACUAGCCAACCGAAGAAUGAUGAUCCACCUCGUCAGCAUGGGUCCGGCGGACGCAAAAGGGGACAUGGAGGCGAGGACUAUUCUGGGAAUAGGCGAUCAAAGCGCUUGGCAAACCAGAGAAAGAGAUGA